CACAAGGAUGUCUGUGGGGAUGAUAGGAGCUGCUGUUGCAUUCUGCAUCACUGGCAUUGUCCAGGUACAGAUUCAGAAAUGGCAGGUUUCACCUCCACCAAACGGUAUGACUAAAUUGAAAAUAUUUAAUGGAGCACCUUGUCAAUUCAGCAUUGACUUCUUCAAGAAUCACAUUAUAAUGGACCCACGAACGUUUUCUGACAGUUACCUUGUGCCCAUUGAUACCCUCACAUUACACAUUGUUUCAGUAAACUGUACGGUCCCCCAGCGGCCUUUAGACAUAAACAUCACAAUGGACUCAAAGACCAGCAAUAUGUUGUUCAUGGUACAAGAUUCUAAAACCAGCGAACUCAUUGUCAAACAGAUUCCUGACAACAAUUUGAAGGUUUUGGAUAAUUCAGCUCUGGUACGGAUCUUUCCCGUGCUGGAAGUACCAGACACCAGCAGCAACAAAUCUCUGAGGCUGACAUGUGAACCGAACAGUGUUACAGAUCUGGAUGUGAGACCAUUUGUCCCAUCACUGUACACACCUAUUAAACUUGGCAGGUGUUCUUUCCAGCUUUCUGGAGUUGGUCCAAAUUUUCUUCAUGUUGAAGGAGAAGUUGAACUGAAGGACAGAGGUGUUUAUACAAUUGUUAUCUAUCAAGCUAAUCACACUAACAAUGUCACUAUGCAGGUGAACAUUGAUAACUGGCCAAAAACUGUCUCAGUGCUUUGGCAGAUUCCUCAGUACCUCGUAAUCUCAAUGUCUGAGAUACUUUUUGCAGUGACUGGACUACACAUGGCAUACACUCAGGCUCCUUCCUCGAUGAGGUCUGUUGUGAUGGCUAUUUGGCUUCUUACAAUUGGCUUAGGAAAUCUCAUAGUCGUGUUGAUUGCGGAGAUUGCAAUAAUAAAAGACCAGGCAGUGGAAUUUUUUGUGUUUGCUUUACUCAUGGCACUGAUCUCACUGAUCUUCGCUGUCACGGCAAGGUUUCAUAAAUAUCACCCAAUCGAUACCAAAGGCGAUUGCCUUCAUGAGCCUGGCAAAGACACUGAAUCUGAUGGCCUCAGCUCAGAGUUAAAGGCACCUCCAUCUUACACAGCUGAAGAGCACAAAACCCAAGCCAACAGAUAGCUGCUCAGGAGAUAAGCAGAUCAUCUUCAGAGACUGCCAAAAUAAAACGACACUAUGUUGAACCAGCAA